UUCACGGCGCGGUUUAUUCGCUUGCUGCUCGUUAACAGAACCACACGGCUCUCUGGAGCUAAGGCGCGGAAGGAAAACAGAAGUUUUGUGAAUUAAAAUAAAAAGUUUUAUUUAGUUGUAUGUUAAAAAAUUAAUUAAAAUGUCUACCAUGCUUGAAGUUUGUGGUCCCCUCUCACCACCGUCGACGCCGCCGUUAAUAGAACAUAAAGUUGAGCUACCUUUAAAGAAGGCUGCAGUAAAGAGAGCUAGGGAGUCACCACCACCGACCGGCUUAGUCACUCCUCAGCCAUCCGACUCGGAAAGUGAAGAAGAAUGCAGUAAAAGAUCCCGUUGCGAGCUGGAGCGAUUACUGCUCACUACGCCGCCGCCAGAACCCUGCAGCAGACCGUCCGUCAUCAUGCGCGCGCAUAAAGACGGCACCUGCAGCCCCGAACCGCUUCCACCACCGCCACCCAAAGACAUGAAUAUCUUGAAGACGCUUAAAUUUAAAAUGAACCGCGGUCACAGUUACUCACAAGUGAAAUAUAUUGCCAGCCAGACACAAAGUGCACCUGUAUCUGAACCCGCAAGUCCUCCGAUGAAAAUCGAUGAGGCCCGUGUGCCGUCACCUCACAUGGAUUGCCAACCGAAACCAUCCAAAGAUGAGCAGCGCGUCCCGCAAGUUCUACCGACCGCUGCAAGUGCUACAGCUCCAGGGUGGGUGCCACUAGCACCGCGACCCGCACCAGCUGUGAUCGUACCUGGGGCUCUGCUUCCAACUACGGCCCUGUGGCUGGUUGCCCCUGCCCCAGCUGCACGGAGACGGCUCUACGAGUGUUCCCAUCCGGGCUGUGGGAAAAAUUACUUUAAAUCGUCCCAUUUAAAAGCACACGCCCGUACACAUACCGGGGAACGACCGUUCAGAUGCGCUUGGCCUGGCUGCGAACGCAGAUUCUCGCGGUCCGAUGAAUUAUCCAGACAUAAAAGGACGCACACUGGCGAGAAAAAAUUCGGAUGUCGCGUGUGCAACCGUCGUUUUAUGCGGUCAGAUCAUCUUGCGAAACACGUGAAGAGGCACGCAAAGGAAAGAGCACCCCAGCAACCUGUAUUAAGACUUUUACCUUCCCCCACCCUCGCUGUGCCGGUGCCAGUGCAAACCUCGUCUGCAUCGGUGCACUAAAGUGCGCAAUGCCCCGACUGUGAUUGAGAUCUCAUUGAUCGUUACCUAGUUGUAGUUCUACUCAUCUUAAGACUGUUCUAUCUUACUUAAUAGUUUCUAGCUUUAAGUCAAUAUGUUAUACGGCUGAUGUUAAGCUUGAAGAAAAAAAUAAUUAAAAGGAAAUUAUUUAAAUAA